UCGAGGAAAAAGAAAGCAUUUCAAAGAAAACUCGCGAUCCAUAUACUGGUACUUUGCAGAAAUCAGAUCGCCGAGUUCAUCCCAUUUCUACUAAUCUUACAAUCCUUUAAAUGUUCUUCAAGCGUAGUAAGAAACCCUUAAUCAACUCGUCUUCCACUUCCAAUCCUUUGCUUUUUUACUUAAACAAAAUGCUUAAAUUUAUCAAGUUAAGUCCCUCUCGGAUCAAAGAUCUUCUUUUGAUAGUUUCCCUUUCCAUUUCCCUUUUCCUCGUCUUCCUCCACCCCCAAACCCCUCUCCCACUCGCCGUAACCGCCCCAUCCCGUUCCCCCACGCGCCGCCACCACCUCCUGUUCUCCAUUGCUUCCUCAGCCGGCUCUUUCCCCCGCCGGAGCUCCUACAUUCGCCUUUGGUACACUCCACGCGACACCCGCGCCAUUGCUUUCCUCGAUCAACGGUUAUCUUCUUCAGUCGGCCCUAAUCUCCCUCCUGUUGUCGUGUCUGGCGAUACUAGGUCGUUCCCUUACACCUUCAAGAGCGGUCUCCGUUCAGCUAUACGCGUGGCACGUGUGGUCAAAGAAGCGGUUGACCGUAACGAAAAGGGGAUCAGGUGGUUCGUGUUCGGGGACGAUGACACCGUUUUCGUGGUCGACAAUUUGGUCAAAGUGCUGUCGAAGUACGAUCACGACAAGUGGUACUACGUCGGGAGCAAUUCGGAGAGUUACGAGCAAAAUUUGAAGUACUCUUUCGACAUGGCGUUUGGUGGGGGAGGGUUCGCUAUCAGUUACUCACUGGGGAAGGUUUUAGCUAGGGUCUUGGACUCUUGCUUGAUGAGGUACGCUCACUUGUACGGAAGCGAUUCUAGGAUUUGGUCUUGUUUGGUUGAGCUUGGCGUAGGUUUGACUCAUGAACCUGGCUUCCAUCAGGUUGAUGUGCGGGGUAGUUUUUUUGGGAUGCUUACAGCACACCCAUUAUCACCUCUUGUGUCUCUUCAUCACUUGGAUGCUAUGGAUCCAAUCUUCCCAAAUAUGGACAGGACUCGAGCUCUGGAGCACUUGUUUAAAGCUGUGAAGGUUGAUUCUUCAAGGAUUUUGCAGCAAACUGUCUGCUAUGAUCAUUUUAACUCAUUGACCGUUUCCGUUGCAUGGGGUUAUGCAGUUCAGAUUUAUGAGGGCAACCAACUCCUCCCUGAUCUCCUUUCAGUGCAGAAAACUUUUUCUCCGUGGAAGAGAGGUGCAAGAGUUGAGGAUCACUUUAUGUUCAAUACAAGAGAAUAUCCUAGAAAUUCAUGUCAAAGACCACUAGUAUUUUUCCUAAAAAGUGUUGCAUCGAACAAAAAUGUUGUCUGGAGCAAUUAUACCAGGCAUUCUGAUGGGAAGUGCUUAAGACCAGAUGCUAUAAAGAACCUCAAAGAAGUCAAAGUGGUCUCUCCAGAGCUUGAUAUUGAGCAGAUGAUGGCUCCUCGUCGGCAGUGUUGUGAGAUUUCAUCUUCACAUGACGAAUCAAUGAUUAUCAACAUAAAAAAUUGUGGAGUUGAUGAAUUGAUUUCUAUGGAUGUCUAACCCAUCUGUCAGGAUAACUGCUGUCGUGGAAAAACUGAAGCACAAGAAAAAGCAUGCGGAACUUCAGUGAGCUUUUUCUCAAUUCAUGCUGUUAACUAUGAGGAGAGGAAAAUGGAAAUUCGUGACUAAAAGCUGACCUUUGACAUUUUGUUUUAGCAUUGAGUGACCACGACCUCGAAUAUUGAGUAGCGGAAUGUCCCUUUGAUGAAACGGAAACAGAUACCAUCUUACCAUCAAAGAGUUUAGUAAAACAGUGACUAACAAUGUGACUACUACUUGUUAAAGUGAUACCUUCAGAAUUGAUCAAAGGAGCUAUCAGGUAUGUAAACAAAGAUGAAAAAACCAAUGAUUUUUUUUACACAUCAUGGAAAAAUUCCAUACUGAUUACCAUCCCUGUAUGUUAUCUUGUGAAACAAAUGAAGUUUUCAUGAAAUGUGAACAAUUUUUAUUA